AUUUCUCUGAGCGAAGCCGCAGCGGAGCGGGAUGGCCACGAAUCCGACAAGAUCAUCCGGACACCCGGGCAAGAUGAAGAAGGACGAGUCGCUGCUCGGGAAACUGGGAGGAACGUUAGUCCGCAAAAAGAAGCUGAAAGACGUGAGUGACCUUCAGGAAGAGGGCAAGAACGCCAUCAAUGAUCCCCUCCUCCACACCGGUUCAGAGCUGCUCCCAGAGGACACGUUGCUUGAGCAAAACGCAGAAAGGAUCAUUUUAGACCCCAUGUCCAGAGAGGACCUCAAAUUCAAAGACUUGCAGAAGGUUCUCAUUGACUGGAUCAACAGUGAACUAGAGGAAGAAAGAAUUAUCGUAAAAGACCUUGAAGAGGAUCUGUACGAUGGACAGGUGUUGCAGAAACUAUUAGAGAAGCUUUCAGGUCACAAGCUGAACGUUGCAGAGGUGACACAGUCAGAGAUCGGACAGAAACAGAAGCUGCAGACAGUUCUGGAAGCCGUUAAUGAAGUUCUUGGACCACUGAAGUGGAAUACAGAGUGGAAUGUCGACUCCAUACACUCUAAGAAUCUGGUGUCCAUCAUUUACUUGUUGCUGGCGCUGGCUAUAUACUAUGCGGCUCCCAUCCGCUUACCAGAACAUGUGUCUGUUCAGGUGAUUGUGGUGAAAAAAAAAGAGGGCAUCCUACAGACUUCUCAUGUGACCAAACAACUCACAAGUACCACCACCGAAAUGAUGAUCGGAAGAUCAGAACGGGACGCUUUUGACACGCUAUUGGAUCAUGCACCUGACAAACUGAAUGUAGUAAAAAUGUCGCUGAUCAAAUUUGUAAAUAAACAUUUGAACAAACUGAACCUGGAGGUGACUGAGCUGGAUUCACAGUUUGCAGAUGGUGUGUAUCUGGUGUUGCUGAUGGGAUUGUUGGAAAAUUACUUUGUGCCUCUGUACAACUUCUACCUCACUCCAGAGAGCUUUGAACAGAAGGUGCAUAACGUGGCGUUUGCUUUUGAACUCAUGCAGGAUGGAGGAUUACAGAAACCUAAAGCUCGACCAGAAGACGUAGUAAACUUGAAUCUGAAGUCAACCCUAAGGGUGCUCUACAACCUUUUCACCAACUACAAGAACUCAGAGUAACUACAUUGAAGGACAUAAUAUUCAUCCAAGAGAAAGCUUGCCUUGUGCCUCACCGAUGCCUGCACUUCUACUGAAACACAUGUUGUAUAAUUUGGGUUUUCGUAUGCUCCAACUCGAAUGUAUUCAGCCUUAAAGAUGUGCUAUAUAUACAUAUAAUAUAUAUGAUAAAUUAUAUAAUGAAUAACUGUUUGUCCUUGAAUGUUUUGCAAAUUUAGUACACUGUGUAUUAUUCUAAAAGAAAUGCUUUAAUUAUUGUAUCAAAUAAA